UUUUUCGUUUUCAAUAUGGCCGCCAUUGCUUCCCGGAGAGUUAGUUGUCGUCAAAAUGUUGAAUUAGUCAGGCCUCUAUGAUAAGCCGUCAUGCCUUCGUCAGACAAGAAUAAACUAAAGGACCUGCACUUGGCUUCUUGUUUAGGAGACCUGAACAAACUAGCCGAUCCUGGCCUUACUGCUGACAGAAAUGCUAAUCCCUCAGCAUACAUCAAGUCAGCUGAUAAAGUUUACUUGAAAGCUCAGAGUCAUGACCUGGAAGGUGAUGAAGAGCAUGCGUAUGCCAUGUACAUGCGCUUUUUUAAUAUCAUCUCCUUGAUUAAAAAGACCAAGAAAUACUCUGACAACAAGAACUACUUUGACAAUUUAAUGGGGAAAUCAAAAAUCAUCAAGUCUAUAAACCGAGCAGAAGCACUGCAAAAAAGUCUCGAUAAAAGGUAUGAAAAGCUUAGAGCUCAAAAAGAAGCUGACAAAAAAGCACAGGAAGAAGCAAAACGAAAAGAAGAGGAAGACAAGAAAAAUUUGGAAUCGCUGAAGGCAAAGCAUGGCAAUGGAACAGACAGUGACAGUGGUUUUGACAGCGAUAUUGAUUUGCUCUUGAAUGGAAAUUCUAUUAGUUCAUCCUCUGAUGUUUAUCAAAAGCUUAAGGUCAGUCAUAAUUCAAUCCUCACACCGAAAUCACAAGAUAGUGGUAGUGGUACACUAAUUAGUGGUCUGGAGUCUCCAAGUUCCAUGGCCAAAUCAGCGGCUACAGAUGGUUCACUCAGAUGUGUAACAGCACAAGAUCUGUACAACCUGCUAACACCAGAGAGUGAGUCCAAAAUUCUGAUCCUAGACUGCCGACCUCAUUCCAUGUUUGUUGAGAAUCACAUCAGAUGUUCAUGUUGUGUAAAUAUACCAGCUGAACUGCUGGAUCAAGGGGUGUCAGUUGGCAGCAUAGAAAGAAGAUUGCCUGAGGCAACAAGAAAGAUUUGGAAUAAGAGAGGACAAAAAGAUUUUGUUAUUUUAAUGGAUGAGUCAACAAAGAUUGCAGACAUUACACCUGAAAGCAGAAUUCAAAGGCUCAAAGAUGUGAUAUUUACCUUUGACUCAUACAGUUCAUUAAAGAAUGAACCACUCUUUCUUGAUGGUGGAUUCCAUAGUUGGUUGUGGCAUUAUCCAUCUGUUGCUCUGAAAGCAGAAUUGCCAAAGGUGCAGUCACAACCUAAACCUGUAACUCCCAUAGAUCUAUCAUCCCUAGACUACCCUGAACUUCCAGAAGAGAAAAUAUCAUCACCUCAGUUGCCAUCAUCUCCUGAAACUGGUCAUCUUAACAGUAGCCUCCAGUAUCCAGCCCUCCCAACGGCAGGUCUUCAAAAUGUGGAUGGCCAACUUCUUAACCCAAAAGGCAGUAUUCAACAAGACAAAUCGCUACCAUCACCUUCCCCAGCUCCUUUCCAACCUACUCCCAAUGUACCAUCCUCAGGACCACUUCCAGGAGGGAAAGCUCCUUCAGAAGGUUUGAGUCCAGUACACACACCUGGCCCAAACUAUAAUCAACCAGGAAUUCCUCCAGCUGUCUCAGCUUCACUAUCUGACAGAAAACUGUCGCAUACUGGUCCUCAAAAAUUGGAUCCAAGGAACAUGCCAUCCUCACAACCUGGUGCUCCAAUAUUGCAAUCGUCAGCACCAGGAAUGCAGUCUUCAAUGCAAAUUGCUCUACAGGCCAUUAUUUCAAAUCCAGGAGGACCUAGGCCACCAGGUUCUCAACCAAAUAUGACAGCACCACAUCCUUCAGGUCAAACAGGUCUUCAAGCAAACACUCCUAACUCUGGUCCUCAAAUGGCACCAAAUACCCAACCAUCUUUACUAAGUGCAACUGUUCCAAAGCCAGUUUUGCAACCUGGUGUGCCAUUCUCAAGCCCUUCAAGCAAGCCAUCUGCUCAACCUGGUAUUUCACCACCCCAAUCCACUAUCUCACAGUCGACUUCAUCUUCAAACAUGUCAACGCCUGGGACUCAGCCUGCUAGUGUGAAUUCCACAUCUUCAACUAGCCAAGUACACUCAGUGGCUCCACUGCAGGUUACUCAAACAAUAUCAACUUUAUCUUCUGCUGGAGGACCACAGCUAUCUUCAAAAUUAUCAGUACCUCCCGAAGGCCCUGGAGUUGCUGUUCCACCUGUUUCUGGCCAUAUGCCUGGCCAACAAAGUGUGCAGCCAGGAAACCACCCACAAGUUCCAUCAGUGAGUCAAGUGUCUCAUGGUGGUACUCAAGUUCCUGGACAGUCCUCCCUUCCAGCAGCACAACAUCAUCAGGUUGCCACUUCACCCAUCCCAAGGACAGAUUCAAGAAACAAUCCAAAUGGAAGGGAUACAACUAUUAAUUCAAGUCAAGUUUCCCCUCCAGGACAUGUAGUUAAUUCUGAUCAGAAGCCAACUCAGGAUGUUCCUAGUGGAUCCGCAAAACAGCCACAUGGUGGACAAAAGGUGUCAAAGUCUUCUCAACAGGCUGCUUCCAACAAGGCAACUGCCUAUGUAACUACACCAGGGUUGCCACCUGGCUGGGAGAGAGUUGAAAGUGGAGACAAAGUUUACUACAAAAAUCACAAUACUCAUUCAACACAUUGGAAACCACCCUCAUCAGUGACAACACCUGCUGCACCACAAUCUAGUGUGCAAAAGCCAGAUCAAUCUCAGUCAGGCACAAAAGUUGUUGCACCACAAUCAAGUAGUGUAACAGGACUGCCACCGGGCUGGGAGAAAGUUGAAAGUGAAGGAAAAGUUUACUACAAAGAUAAUAAUACUCAUACAACACAUUGGCAUCCACCCUCAUCAGGGACAACACCUGCUGCACCACAAUCUAGUGUGCAAAAGCAACAGCAGGCCCCUAUAAAGAGACAAUCUUCAGUAGAAAGGCCAAUGCUGCGCAGAUCCAAUUCCUCACCAAACCUAAAAAAGCAGAGUGAUCAGGGCACUUCUGGUCCUAAGAGACCGGUAAUAGAUCGCUUAUCAAAACCAGACUCGGAGCAAACAGGAACAGCCAGACCAGUUAUAAACCGCAGUGCUAAACCUUUGUCUGCCAACCAGCUUGACAGCUUUAACCCUAGCUAUGGAGGGCUGGGAACUGGAUUAACAGGACUCCGUAACCUGGGAAACACUUGUUAUAUGAACUCUGUUGUACAGUGCUUGAGCAGUGUUUCCCCUUUGGCUGCUUUUUUUAUUUCAGGGGUUUACAGAGAAGAUCUCAACAGAAGCAAUCGAGAUGGAACAAAGGGGGAACUAGCAGAGAGCUUUUCAGUGCUUGUCAGAGUUCUGCAUUCUGGACAAUUCAAGUGUGUGUCGCCAGGAGAUUUCAAACGAACAGUUGGAAAGUUUAAAUCCCAGUUCUCUGGGUAUGACCAACAAGAUUCCCAGGAACUGUUAGCUUUCUUGAUGGAUGGCUUACAAGAGGAUCUCAACAAGGUGAAGAGCAAGCCAUAUCUUAAGGCACCUGCUGAUGAUCUAGACCCUCAAACAGCUGCCAAGAUUGCUUGGGAAAACCACAAGAAGAGGAAUGAAUCUAUUAUGGUGGAAUUGUUUGAUGGUUUGUUCAUGUCAACUGUAAAGUGUAUGGUCUGUAGUAAAGAAUCCAGGACUUUUGACACUUUUUCCAACCUUACUCUCCCACUGCCAGCCAAUGCAAGUCGCUGCACUCUCCAGGAUUGCCUAGCCUUGUUUACAAAACCUGAGAAAAUGUCAGGAGAUGAUAAAUGGUUUUGUCCAAAGUGCCAACAAAGAAGGGAAGCCAGUAAAACAAUUCAGAUCUGGAGGCUGCCAGCCAUCCUUGUUGUACAUCUCAAACGAUUUCAAUAUGAAGGGAUGUGGCGUCAGAAACUUCAAACAGGGGUCUCCUUUCAAAUGUCACAGUUGGACAUGUCCAACUUUGUAGUGGGUCCAAAGUUUACAGCACGUUACAACCUGCAUGCCGUUUCCAAUCAUUAUGGAACCAUGCAUGGCGGACAUUACACUGCAUUCUGCAAGAGUGUUUAUGAUAAGAAGUGGUACAAGUUUGAUGAUCAGUAUGUAACUGAGAUGUCACCCAGAGAAGUUGUGACUUCAGCCGGAUAUCUGCUGUUUUACACCUCAUUUGAUUUCCAACCCCCAAAGUACUUAAUCAAGUCAUGAAACUAAUCAGUGGAGUUGAUGAUAUAUUGUAAAUAGUUGCAGCAAAUUUACAUGUCUUUGACAAAAGAAAAUUGUAUGAAUCAAAAAUCAAUUUAAUGAAAUAGCACUGUAAUUGCACUAGAUGCUUGGUAUGGCCCCCCAAAAAUUAUGAAGUAUAGGCACUGAUUUUACAAUAUUAUACCUCAAGGUCAGUAAAAAACAUUGACUGAGAUUAUUUACAUUAUUAUGUAGAAAACAUGUCAUAUAAUUGUAGAUCUAGAUGUUACAAUGUACUGUAGAAGUAACAAAUAAGUGAUGGAACAACUUACUAGGCUUUUGCGUUGAAAGAAGAAAACAGUGGGACUGUCUGUGAGUAAAUCUGUUCCCUGAGUCAAGUUGAAACUUAAGUCCAAUAGCUGAGUCAUUGCUGAUUGUUCAGCAAAUGUUAAGUUUAAUCCCAAUUCCCCAUGGUUUGGAAUGUGGCAGAUGGUGGGCUGGAGAUAGGUGACUAACUGCAUCGAGCCAAAUAGCAUUAUAGUAAGUAUAAAUAGUGCUCUGGUUAGCCUACAAGCAAAAUAUGUUUUUCUGAACAAGGGCUAGAUCUUAAAUGUUAUUGAUUUGUAACAUGACUUAGACAUUUGCUUUGCACUCAGAGGAAUGUCUAAUGAUCAGAUUUGUCUCAGCCAGCUGAUCAACUUGAUGGUCAGUAAAAUACAUUUUAUUUGGUGUUGUUGAACAUCAAAGUUUUGAGUCAAAAUGAGUUUGGCAAUUGACAAAACAUGAGACAACUAGUUAAUUAUGACUUGUAUUAAACGUAAGUGUUAAUUUUUAUUUCAAGCCUGUAGAAAACAUAAUGUAUUACUGGACCUGGGUCAAGUUGUUUGAGUUGUUGUUGUUUAACUUAAUCAUCAGCUAAACAACCAGAACCUAGAAGUUAGCUAAAGAAGCUUAUUGUUUCAUAAAAUGUUUUCCUUCAGAGUUAAUGUUUUUGGCCUAAACUGUUUGGGUUUCAUAACACAACUGAUAAUCCAUAAAUAUUGUUUUAAUAGUGAUCAAGAUUGCUGUUGAAGUGUUGAAAAUACAACUUUGUGUAAACGCAAGGUUGCAAAACAAAGAGAUGUAGUGCUGUAGGUCAUAGAGGUAGAUCUGCAGCACAGAGAGAUGACCAGGGUAAAGGAAGAAUAAUUACAACUGCAUAAUUAUAUAUUUUUUUAGAUUUGGAUCUUUGUAUUCAGUUGUACAUUACAUUUAUGCCAUGGAAAGGAGAGGCCACAAGUGCAGGUUUUCAGGGGAGUUUUAUUUUCUCAAUUUGGUUUCAAACUGAAAAUUAAUACAAAGGAGAGAACCAAACAUAUAUCAAUUGAAUACUGUAAUUAGAAUUGGAAUCAUUGUUAAAUUACUGUUACAUUUAUAAUUUACUUCCCUCCUCAGAUAUUGAGCCCUCUGAAAACAGAGUUUAUUGUAAUAUUUAGUCAAGAUUUGUUAACUUGUUGGUCUCAUUGAUCCAUUAGAUUGGCUUCAUUAAUGAAUUUUGCUAUAGCUUCAGCAUUUAGGAGAUGGUUUUGAUCAAGAAAUAAGAGCCCAGUCCUUACUAAGUACCCUGUCUCCCAACUUCAGUUGGAACCAUUUGUAAUAGUAAUUGGACCAAGUGGAGUGCAAUUCAGGGAGUAAUCGGGCAAGUAAUUUCAAUAACGGACAAGAGUGAAGUGCAAGGCCGAUUUUAAAUUAUGAUCACGAUUACUCGCUGAAUUGUAUGACACAAGGUCCACUUACCAAUUAAUCAUAUCUAUAACAAAUUUCAAAAUUGAAAAAGUCUUUGGAGAACUUCUUUUGAGCAAAAAGGUCAGUAGCAUUUUCCUAAGUUUCAAAAACACUGGGAAACAUUGAGGAAGCCAUAAAAGUGCACGUAAUUCACAUGUGAAUCAUGUAGGUAUCCAAUUACAGGCAUCUAAAUACAAAUAGUUCUAAUUAGAUACCUGCAAGAGAACAUGAUAGGUACAAUUGGACACCCACAUGAAUGCACACCAGUUAGGUGACUAAUAGCAGGCAGAGAUCCAAUCAUGAUUGGAAAUUUUGUUAUAGAUACAAUUAUAAUGGUAAUUGUCAAAAGGUUAUGGAUAGACUAAUAAUAAGCUAAUAAUGCUUCAUCGUAUAGCCAGUGUCUGGUCUGUAGGUCAAGCAUUGUCAGAGGAAUUUAUCAGAUGAGAUAACACUAAUUUUUAGAAACAUUUUUUGAAGUUUGAGACCAGUGUCAAGGAUGGACUCUAACUGGGCAAACAAAGAGAGAAGGGCUGUCAAUUACUAAAUUGCAAUGUUCAGUCUCAAAGAAAACCUAAAAAAAAUAUUGCAAAGAAGGGCCUGUGCCAAAGAGGCAAAUUGGAAAGGAAGUUAGGAGACCAUUAAGUAACUCUUUAGUUGCAGGAGUAAGAAUUAAGUAAAUAAUAUUCAGUUGUAUAAUAAUGUACAAUGUAAGUGCAAGUAUUGCAGGUUGCUGCAUUUAAUCUGCAUCGUAAUAUCCUAACUUGUAAUUUGUAAUUUUCCAAACCUUGUGUAACUUUUAGAAGGUCUUGGUCUCAAAUGAAUGUAAACUAUUAAAAUUAUUAAUGUAAUAAAGCAAUAAUUAAGUUGAUUGGA